UGGCUCAAAAAGUUUUCGUGUGUGCUCCAGUAGUUAGGGAUAGAAUGAUUCCUUGGACACACUGGGAAUCAAGAAAGCCAAAAGUGAGUCACAUGGACGAAUCCAGACCUCACAGUUAAUUGUGUAAUACUACUAGAGCAAACACAAUUGGAGCAGCCUCGCUGACCUCACAGCUGAAAGCGCUAUUUAAGAUCUGGCUACCAGAUGUUCCAGCAGAAUCUAGCCAGCUGCUAGCAGAGGUUACCCUGAGUGUUUUAACAGAGAGUAUUUACGGCUAAUCGGAAGACAUGAUUGCACUAAUUUUCUUUUCUGUCCUGCUGUGGGACAAGGCUGAAGCAUGGGGAUUCAAGGACGGAGUGCUGCAUAAUUCUAUUUGGUUAGAACGAGCAGCUGGAGUGUACCACAGGGAGUCCCGCACUGGGAAGUACCAGCUCACCUAUGCAGAAGCAAAAGCCGUCUGCGAGUACGAAGGAGGACAUCUAGCCACCUACCAGCAGCUGGAGGCAGCGAGAAAAAUAGGUUUCCACGUGUGUGCGGCUGGCUGGAUGGCGAAGGGCAGAGUUGGUUAUCCCAUAGUAAAAGCUGGAGCCAACUGUGGCUUUGGGAGGACCGGUAUUGUAGAUUACGGGAUCCGCCUCAACAGGAGCGAGAGAUGGGAUGCCUACUGCUACAACCCCAACGGAAAAGAGUGUGGUGGAGUCUUCACAGAUUCAAAACAUGUUUUUAAGUCACCAGGCUACCCAAAUGAGUACGAAAAUGAUCAAAUUUGCUACUGGCAUAUUAGAGUAAAGUAUGGACAGCGGAUUCAUCUGCAGUUUCUGGAGUUUGAUGUUGAAGAUGACACUGCUUGUAUGGCUGAUUUUUUGGAAGUCUAUGAUAGCUAUGACGAUAUCAAUGGCUUUGUGGGCAGGUUCUGUGGAGAUGAGUUGCCAGAUGAUAUCAUUAGCACAGGAAAUGUUAUGACCUUGAAGUUUUUAACAGAUGCCUCAGUGACAGCUGGUGGUUUUCAGAUUAGAUAUGUUACUAUGGACAUGCCUUCAAAAGCAGGUGACGGAAAGAAUACAACUUCCCAAGGAAAAACAAACUUCUUAUCCGGAAAAUUUGGUAUUAUGUGAGCAGAUUAGCAAGGUAUAAUUAUUAAGAAAUGUAUUUUAGAACACAGUUCUAAUACUUGU